AUGUCGGCAACCACCACAGUCACCGCUCCCCCCAGAAUCACGGCGGAGAAUGUCGCCACGCUUUUCCCCGAGGUUGACACAUCCCUCGCGCGGGAGGUUUUCCCCUCGACGGCGGACGGCUCCGCCAAAGACAGCGAGGAACUCGCGGGGUACGAUGAGGAGCAAGUCCGUCUGAUGGAUGAGUUAUGCAUUGUGUUGGAUGACGACGAUAAGCCUAUCGGCAGCGCCAGCAAGAAGACCUGCCAUCUCAUGACCAACAUUGAUCGGGGUCUUCUGCAUCGUGCCUUCUCAGUUUUCCUCUUCGACUCCAAGAACCGCCUGCUGCUGCAACAGCGCGCCACGGAGAAGAUCACCUUCCCCGACAUGUGGACAAACACCUGCUGCUCCCACCCUCUGGGUAUCCCCGGCGAAACCGGUGCCGAGCUGGAUGCUGCCAUCCUCGGCGUCAAGCGGGCGGCGCAGCGGAAACUCGACCAGGAGCUUGGAAUCAAGGCGGAGCAGGUGCCGCUGGACAAAUUCGAGUUCUUCACGAGAAUACACUACAAGGCUCCCAGUGAUGGGAAAUGGGGUGAACAUGAGAUCGACUAUAUUCUCUUCAUCCAGGCGGAUGUCGACCUGGAUGUCAACCCUAAUGAGAUUCGCGACACGCAAUAUGUUACCGCUGAGGAGCUCAAGCAGAUGUUCACCCAGCCUGGUCUGAAAUUCACACCCUGGUUCAAGUUGAUCUGCAAUUCAAUGCUGUUUGAGUGGUGGAGCCACCUUGGCACCGCAGGCUUGGACAAGUACAAGGGAGAGAAGGACAUCCGUCGGAUGUAA